AUGUCCGAAGCACACGUCGUCCAUCUUGGCAACGUCGACCUCAUCACUGGCCUCCCUAACGGUCCGUACAGAGUGUCCGGCAGCGGUGUCAACGGUCAGGGAAACCGCUGGUUCUGCGUUGUGACCAGCGAGGGCCGCGGAUACCGCUACCUGAACAAGAACGGGAGCGUGUAUUAUCGUAGCCGGGACGGCGCGUCGUACUUCAACAAUGGCCGCGGCUCCUUCCGAUAUACCUCCCCGACGGGCGUCACUGUCUGGAAUGUGUAG